AGUUAUCCAUUAUAUUAAUGCCGACGUCUAAACUCGGAGUCGGCAUCAGUCAUCAUUUCCAAAAAGCCAAAUUAGUUUUUUUUUAAUUUCAUCAAUAUUCAUAUCAACCGCACAAAGAAUGAAGCUUAUUUUAAUAUCACUACUCUGUGUCCAUCUGAUACCCGCUUUGACGGGAGCGGAGAAAGCUUCGGACAAGUAUUCCAAGAAGGCCAAUGCACUACCAGAUUCGGAAAUCUAUGAACCGGAUUUCCGCAACAUUCAGCGUCCCUUUCGGAUGGCCAAAUUGAACUUGGUCUGGGCCAAAGCACAGCAUCGUCUUACUGAACCCAAACUGAAAUCCAUCUACACGGAGCUUAAAAUACAUGACAAGGAAGAAAUUGCAUGGAAACAACUAAAUUCCCAGCACAAAGACAAGGAAGGCUUGAAAGAAGCGGAGCUGCGGAAAAAGUUGAUCGGGAUCAUGAGUACCUAUGGAUUGCUGGAAUAUUUCGAUGAUACGCAGGAUCCGGAACAGUACAAACCAUAUAAGGCAUAUUCCGGAAAAGUAGACAGCUAUAUGAACAAAAGCUUGUUUAAAGACAAAAAGUUGAAUAAACUGUGGGAAAAGGCAGAAACAUCUGGGUUUACUAAGGAAGAACUGGAUGCGCUGAAAGAGGAAUUUGAGCAUCAUCAGGAGAAAAUUGACGUUUACUACAAUCUGUUGGAGCAGUUGGGUGACGAUGAUGGCAAAUCUGGUAAAGUGCACGAGAACGCUGUGAACGAAGAUGAGCACGAUAAGUUCAAUGAAAUCGGAACGGCUGAGGAGGACAGCAACGAUAUCAUGGCUCAACAGAAAAAUGAGGGCAAGCAAAACUCCUUUUUGCACAAAUCCAACCAACUGAGGGAGAAACAUCGAGAUAUUAAGGAUAACUUCGAUCGACUGGAACGGAUUGCCGCAAAGGGACCCAAGAGUCAGGAUUUUAUUGAACCGAAAGUGCAAGGGCUGUGGAGAAUCGCUGUGAGUUCAAAUUUCACGGCCGACGAACUGGCGUCAUUGAAGGUGGAGCUGCUGCACUAUGAGAGCCGUCUACUAAAGCUGCGACACAUGCAUGCAGAACAUGCCUUGAGUAUGGAGAAGCAUAAAAAUGCUCAACAUGGGGAUAAAGCCGAUACACACAAAAUGAUGGAGGAAAACAUUAAGAAGCAGACCAGGAAGGUAGAGAAGAUACAGGAACAGGUGGAAAAGCGCAUUUUCAAACAUUCUGAGCUAUAAGGCGUGUUCAAUGAGGCCAAUACUCGAAUACAUUGGUUGACUUUUAUAUAGUAAUAACGGUCACACUCUUUAUUGUAAUAAAGAUCUUCUAUGUUUUGUGAAAGAAAAUAUUAAUGCAAGUAAAGAUCUAUGAUGGUGCCAAAUUGUUAGUAGCGGUGGACGAUAUACUAGAGCAAUAGAAUAACUGAAUUAACAAUUCCGGAUAUCAGCUAUUAGGGAUAGAAACUAACAAAAACGUCAAUCGCAUUUCUUAAUUAUAUUUACAUAUGAAACAGUUGAACCGUAAAUUUAGUAUUUUUUUAAAAGAAUGAUACUUUCACACACUUUUCUAUUUUUUAUAAUAAGCAGCUGGUUGAGUAAUAAAUUCUAUACAUUAACUUCUAUA